AUGGCGGAGGCUCCUCCGGUUUCAGGUACUUUUAAGUUCAAUACAGAUGCUGCUGAGUUCAUUCCCCAGGAGAGAAAAAAUUCUGGUCUAAAUUGUGUGACUCAAAGGAAACUGGACUCUAAUCGGAUUGGUAGAAGAAAUUACGGCUUACCACCUCCCUGUCACCCUUCCAGGCAAUUCCCUUAUGAUGACACCUCUGCCGUUCGUCAGCACGGUUACCAUCCAUCAGGAAGCAAACCUAAGAGUCAACAGUCUUCUCUGCAGUUUUCUGCUUCUAAUAAGUCACCCAGGAGCCCUGGCCUUCAGAGCCAACCUUGGCAGAAAUUAAAGAAUGAAAAGCACCAGACCAGAGUCAAGAAGGUGCAAGGUCUUCCUGAUCAGACGUCAGAUACAGUUAGCUUAGAAAGUGUGGCCAAGUCAGAGAGCGGGACUAACCCCACCGAGCAUAGCCCUUCUGAGAGUGAAAAGGACACUGUUAGUGCAGAUCCCAGGGGAGCAAAACCCAAAAAGGCAACUCCAUUUAUAUGCACUUAUGGUAGAGGACCAAAAGUCAAGGGGAAAUUCAAAUGCGAAUGGGGUAACAAGGCGUCUUUGAAACCUGAGGACAUCAAACCUGAAAAUACCAAACCUUCAGGAGUUAUCCACCCUGACCCUCUGGAUGCAUCCUUCAGAAAAGGAGUACUGGAUGGGUGUGGGGCCAGACGCAAUGAGCAGAGACGACACCCACAGAAAAGACCUCCUUGGGAGGUAGAAGGCGCCAGGCCUCGGCCGGGCAGGAAUCCACCAAAACAGGAGGGCCAGAGACAUACAAAUGCAGGACCCAGAAACAACAUGGCCCCUAUUCCAAAGGAUAAUCUCAUUGAAAGACCAGCAAAAUCUACCUGCGACAAUGGAAAUAUGGCAGUCAUUAGCAAGUCUUCCAGGAGAAUUGACCCAGAGAAAUGUUCUGUGAGGAGGCAGGAUCCCCAGGGAGCACCUCCUUUCUCCCGCAGCAAACAGAACCAUGUGCUAAAAAAUGUAGAAACGCAUACAGGUUCUCUUGUUGAACAACUAACUACAGAAAAAUAUGAGUGUAUGGUCUGCUGUGAGCUGGUUCGUGUCACAGCUCCAGUGUGGAGUUGUCAGAGCUGUUACCAUGUGUUCCAUUUGAGCUGCAUCAAGAAAUGGGCCCGGUCUCCAGCGUCACAAGCAGACGGCCAGAGUGGUUGGAGGUGCCCUGCCUGUCAGAAUGUUUCCACACAUGUUCCUAAUACCUAUACUUGCUUCUGUGGUAAAGUAAAGAAUCCUGAAUGGAGCAGAAAUGAAAUUCCACAUAGUUGUGGUGAGGUCUGUAGAAGGAAGCAGCCUGGCCAGGACUGCCCUCAUUCCUGUAACCUCCUUUGCCAUCCUGGACCUUGCCCACCUUGCCCUGCCUUUAUGACUAAAACGUGUGAAUGUGGACGGACCAGGCAUACAGUUCGCUGUGGUCAGGCAGUCUCAGUUCACUGCUCUAACCCAUGUGGUAAUGUUUUGAACUGUGGUCAGCACCACUGUGCUGAACUGUGCCAUGGGGGUCAAUGCCAGCCUUGCCGGGUCAUAUUGAACCAGGUAUGCUACUGUGGCACCACCUCCCGAGACGUGUUAUGUGGAACAGAUGUAGGAAAGUCUGAUGGAUUUGGGGACUUUGCCUGUUUAAAAAUAUGUGGCAAGGACUUGAAAUGUGGGAACCAUAUGUGUUCUCAAGUGUGCCACCCUCAGCCCUGCCAGCCAUGCCCACGGCUCCCCCAGCUGGUGCGCUGUUGCCCUUGUGGCCAGACUUCUCUCAGCCAAUUGCUAGAACUUGGAAGUAGUAGCCGGAAAACAUGCAUGGAUCCUGUUCCCUCAUGUGGAAAAGUGUGUGGCAAGCCACUGCCCUGUGGUUCCUCAGAUUUCAUUCAUACCUGUGAAAAACUCUGCCAUGAAGGAGACUGUGGACCAUGUUCUCGCACGUCAGUUAUUUCCUGUAGAUGUUCUUUCAGAACAAAGGAGCUUCCAUGUACCAGUCUCAAAAGUGAAGAUGCUACAUUCAUGUGUGACAAGAGGUGUAACAAGAAACGGUUGUGUGGACGGCAUAAAUGUAACGAGAUAUGCUGUGUGGAUAAGGAGCACAAGUGUCCUUUGAUCUGUGGGAGAAAACUCCGUUGUGGCCUUCAUAGGUGUGAGGAACCUUGUCAUCGUGGAAAUUGCCAAACAUGCUGGCAAACCAGCUUUGAUGAACUAACUUGCCACUGUGGAGCGUCUGUCAUCUACCCACCAGUCCCCUGUGGUACUCGUCCCCCUGAGUGCACCCAGACUUGUGCCAGGGUCCAUGAAUGUGACCAUCCAGUCUACCAUUCUUGUCACAGUGAGGAGAAGUGCCCCCCUUGUACUUUCCUGACUCAGAAAUGGUGCAUGGGCAAGCACGAGCUACGAAGCAACAUCCCCUGCCACCUGGUUGAUAUCUCUUGUGGAUUGCCCUGUGGUGUGAUGCUGCCAUGUGGGAUGCACCGGUGUCAGAGACUCUGUCACAAAGGAGAGUGUGCUGGUGAUGAGGCGUGCAAGCAGCCCUGUACCCUCCCCAGGGCUGACUGUGGCCAUCCGUGUAUGGCUCCCUGCCACCCUGGCUUGCCCUGCCCCAUCACUGCUUGUAAAGCCAAGGUGGAGCUGCAGUGUGAAUGUGGAAGAAGAAAAGAGAUCAUGAUUUGCUCUGAAGCAUCCAGUACUUAUCAAAGAAUAGCCGCCAUUUCCAUGGCCUCUAAAAUAACAGAUAUGCAACCUGGAGAUUCAGUGGAAAUCAGCAAGUUAAUCACCAAGAAGGAAAUUCACCAAGCCAGGCUGGAAUGUGAUGAGGAGUGUUCAGCCCUGGAAAGGAAAAAGCGGUUAGCGGAAGCAUUUCAUAUUACUGAAGAUUCUGACCCUUUCAAUGUACGUUCUUUGGGGUCAAAAUUCAGUGACAGCUUAAAAGAAGAUGCCAGGAAAGACUUAAAGUUCGUCAGUGACGUGGAGAAGGAAAUGGAGGCCCUUGUUGAAGCCGUGAAUAAGGGAAAGAAUAUUAAGAAGAGCCACUCCUUCCCUCCCAUGAACAGAGACCACCGCCGGAUCAUCCACGACCUGGCCCAGGUGUACGGCUUAGAGAGUGUGAGCUAUGACAGUGAACCUAAGCGCAACGUCGUGAUCACUGCAGUCAGAGGGAAAUCCAUUUGUCCUCCCACCACUCUGACAAGCAUCCUGGAAAAGGAAAUGCAGUCACGGCCUCCACCACCAAUUCCUCAUCACAGACAUCAGACAGACAAGAAUUCUGGAAGCAGCAAUUUGCAGAAAAUAGCCAAGGAGCCAGUAAUUGACUACUUUGAUGUACAAGACUAA